UGAUUUAGAGCUGGAGAGUAGAUUGUUAGAUUUAGAAGAAUCAGAUACAGAUGUGGCGGCAUUAAACGGCGAUGGAGGAAUCGAGAAUUCUACUGAUUAUAAAUUUCCUAGCGAUUACCAAACAGAACUAAGCGGUGAAUUAACAUCAGCUUCAGAUUCAAAUACAGCUACAAACGUGGUCACUAAAGCUAAUAUUACACAAGAAAAUAGUCAAAAGGAAGUGAUGAAGUCAUCGAAUUUCGAAGAUACUUCAAGUAACGCCACAACUACCACGAAAACCUCUCUAACGGUUUCCGUUACUAACGGAGAUGCCAACAAAUCGUUGUUGGGUUCUUUCACUGGAAGCAAUAACCUUUUAUCAGAACCUCAGGCAGUUGCAACAAAUGAGUCAGUGACGAAGGAAAGCAAUACGUGGGUCCACGAGGAUAUCGCAGCAACGACUCCUUCUCAUGAUGCAACCUCGCCAAGCUCUCAGAACGUCAAUGAAGUACACACAGAACGCAUUUCAUCUGAAUCUCCCAAAGAAAAAUCUGCCACCUUAAACACACAUGUUGAAGAGGUUCAGAAUAUCAAGAGUGAUGAUUUGGAGCUCAAUGCAGAAGAACGAAUGAUCAGCGAACCUCGUCUGGCAAACGAGGAAGUUACAACGCACACAUCACUCAACGCAGAGACCACCAAGAAUGAAGAAUCUAGCAAAACAUGGCUUGGUUCCUUGUUUGGUAAUUUGCCGAUUCGUCAGACGUUAGGUGGCGUAAUCCAACCCGUGGAAAUGGUGCAGUCCGUGAAAGAAGAUGCUAACAAGAUGGAUAAAUCAACUGCAUUGACUCAAGAGAAUGGAGUGGACCAUAAUACCCUCGCAUCUGAUAGCGAUCCAAGCUUGCAAACUCCGGAAAGUCCGAGCAAGAAUACGAGUUCGGUAUCCUCAUUGAUUCACUCGGUUACUUCGUGGCUCAGGAAGAGCCCCGACCAGCAAGAGCUUGAAAGUAAAGGUUUAGAUAUCGCAAAAGGUUCAGCUGGGGAAGCACGAGCACUUCCGAUUGACGAAACAGAAGUCCAGCUAGUUGAUGAACAUGCUAAUGGUUUCAACAGUUCGACUGCACGUAACGAGACAAAGCCUUCGUCAGAAUCAGUUGCUGUCAACGGCCACAAGGUAACUAAGGAAGCUCCCGAUGCAGACACAACUUCCCCAAAUUCGAUACGUAACCUGGAAUCCAGAGACGGAGAACCAUCUACUGCUAUAUCGGAAUCUGAGAACCGUGCAUUCGUCAAAGGAGAAGUUUUGAAGGUUUUGAGCUUGCUGGAGGAUGCCAACGGGUUCACCGAACUGAAGGACCAAAUUCACAACCAAGAUGUGGAGCAGUUGGUGGAUGGUUUGAAUGAUGCUGAAAACGGGUUCAAGUGGACGGAGAUGAUCAGUGCCCUGCAGAAGUUGGUCGACGAAAAGCAAUUGGAAAGUGGCGAACGGAUUCGGGAUGUUCUGGAGCAUUGGAAGGAGGGUGAGGAUGGGCACAUUGAUGACGGGUACUUCGAUAAAACUUAUGGAGCGCAUGGUAAUCUGGAAGGUCGUGAUUUAGACGAUGGUACAGAAGAAACUUUGAAGUUGAUGGAAGAGAAUGAGGAAUUAGGAAUCGAAGCUGAUGGCGAUGAAACAGCUCCAUCUGUAACUAUUGAUCAGAAAAAUGAAACGUUGAAGACCCCAGGUAACGUCAGCUCUGAGAUACAUGCCAAAAUUGGAAGUUCACGAACUGAUGACGUGGAUGACCAGCCAGAAAGUCAACGUUCAACACAAAACCCUCUGGAAGAUAAAACCAGCAGCACACAGAGUUUACAACAGGAAGACGAAGUCACGGAAAAGUUAGGAAAAACAACGCCCCAGCCAUUUCGUGCCCAUGAAUCGGAAUCUCUGGCGUUGGAUUGAACUGGCAUUCACGAAAGUUCUUUACGAUUCUUAAUGUGAACGGGCCAGAACAUAUUGGAUUAGAUUAAUAAUUUAGAGAGUUUUUGUAAGUUCAUUGUGGUAAAUAAAGU